UCCAAAAUUUAGGCAAAUUAAGAGCUAAAUCAGCAAUCUGUAAGAUGUGGUAGUAGUUUACAUAAGCCUCAUCUAUCCAUUCUUCCAAAAUGCCUAAUAUGCGGAAUGAAUUUGAACCAUAUGAAAAAGAAGGGGAACAAAGAUUCGACUGGUUUGAAAAAGGAAACAGAUGCUUUUAAUUUCCCGAGUGAUCUAUUUUUGUGCUUAAAACUUGUGAAACUCAAGAAUAUGAUGUAAUCUACUUUUAAACUAAAACACUUGGAAUAGCUUGGCAUGACUACAAGAUGUCAGGAUGCUAUGUAGCAGGCAGAAAUAGGACCAAACCAGUAUACACUAGACCAAAGUGAAUUAUUGCAAGCUUAAUCCCAUCCUCUCCCCUUCUUUUCCUGCCAUGGGACAGAAUAGUAAAAGAAAGCAGAGCUAUGACGAAGGACUUGUCUUAAAAGAGCAUAGUUUCUAACCAUUCCUAGAUCAUAAGAGAUGGUUGCAGAAUCAUGGCUUCGCAAUCUGUGGAAACCUCCUCGGAAGCAUGAUGCUAAUUCUGAGAAGGUGGUGAUUGGGGUAUUAGCAUUUGAAGUAGCUAGCUUGAUGUCCAAGCUGGUUAAUAUAUGGCAGUCUUUGAGUGAUAAACAGGUUGCUAGGUUGAGAGAGGAGAUCACAAAUUCAGUGGGCAUAAGAAAGCUUGUUUCAGUUUCAGAUGAUGAUUAUUUCAUUGAACGUUUGAUCUGUAUGGAGAUACUUGAGAAUAUGGCACAUGUGGCUGAGUCUGUGGCUAGGCUUGGGAAGAAAUGCAGUGAUCCAAUUUUGAAAGGUUUUGAGAAUGCCUUUUAUGAGUUCAUCACUAUGGGUGUGGAUCCAUAUGGGUGGGAAUUCACUUGCAAGAAGAUGGAAAAAAAGAUCAAAAGGAUGGAAAAGUUCGUAUCAACUAAUGCAAGUUUGUUUCAAGAGAUGGAAGUGCUUGCUGAUCUUGAGCAAACUCUUACAAGAAUGAAAGCUAGUGGUGAGUCAGAUGUUGUAACUUUAAUUGAGUUUCAGAAGAAGGUUGGAUGGAAGAGGCAGGAGGUGAAGAACUUGCAGGAUAUUUCUCUGUGGAACAGGACAUAUGAUUAUGCAAUACAUCUUUUAGCAAGAUCCUUAUUCACAAUAUUCUGUAAGAUCAACCAUGUAUUUGGAAUUCAAGAGAUGGUAGAUGUUGGUGGAGCCAAUAAUUCAAGUGACUUGAAUGCGGAUUUCAUUUAUAGAAGUCAAUCAGUUUCUGCAUUAUUGCAAUCUUCAUUCCACCCAUCACAGAAUAAUGUUGCCAGAUUUUCUUCAGGACCCCUUAAUGCUGUUGCUGCUAGAUCUGGUCCAAUUGUUAGAACAAAUAAAGCCAGUAUUUCUCAUUCAGGUCCUCUUGGUGACUCAUCCACAAAGUCAGGCCGAAUUUUAGGAAAGAAUACAAAUGUAAAUUUUUACUCAGGUCCUCUUGGAAGGAAUUCGAAUCAAUCAGUCCCAGUCACUACAACAAAUAAAAGGAGCAAGUUUUGGAAGUUUUAUGGACACUCUGCAGCCAUUAGUAGGAAGGAAACUCACACGAAACCUGGUCGACUGACUCAAGUAGGACCAUUCAAAGGAUGUAUGGCUUGGGACAGUUCAUCUGUCAUUGACUGCCACUCAAGUGCAAAUGGUGUUCAUUAUGGAAUUCAGAAUCCCAAAGAUGUUAAUUCAAUCCCUUUUGGUCCUGGAAAAGUAGUUUAUCAUACUCAAUCCGUCUUCAAAUCUCUGUGCAAGCUAUUAAAUCCUCCACCUGAAACCCUUGGUGCUGCUGCUUUAGCACUGCACUAUGCAAAUGUUAUCAUUGUGAUUGAGAAGCUAGCAGCUUCUCCACACUUGAUUGGUGUUGAUGCAAGAGAUGACCUGUACAACAUGUUACCAAGACGUAUGAAAGCUGCCAUCAAGGCCAAGUUAAAGCCAUAUACCAAAACCAUGGCGUCAUCAUCAGUCUAUGACACAGGUCUAGCAGAAGAAUGGACUGAAGCAAUGUCAAGCAUAUUGGAAUGGCUGGCACCUCUUGCUCAUAACAUGAUAAGAUGGCAAUCUGAGAGAAGCUUUGAGCAGCAGAGCUUUGUUUCCCGGACAAAUGUGCUUCUGGUACAAACCCUUUACUUUGCAAAUCAAGAAAAGACAGAAGAAAUAAUCACCGAGCUUCUUGUGGGUCUGAAUUAUGUCUGGAAUUAUAGUAGGGAGCUCAAUGCAAAAGCUCUGGCAGAGUGUGCCAGUUUUAGGAUAGACAAUGAAUAUCCUAAUCUGAAUGGAUAAACAAUUUGCAUUAAGGUCGUGGCUAUUUUCAACAGCAGUCCAGUUCCUCACCAGACUCUGGGAUGAGGACUUGCAGAAUCACCAACCAUCAGUCUUCUUCAAUCAAUGAAUGUGAAUCAAAUGCUAGCUAAGUGUGAGAGAAAUAUCUAUAUGCCCAUUAUUAUGGAAAUUUAGUAUCAGAAUGCGUUCCUGGUGAGAAUUUUAUUUUUAAUCAGUAAUUUUCUUUGUGAGUUCCAAGCUGCUAGAACUUGGAUGGCUGGUCUCAUGUUUUUUUGCAAUGUUGGCCUUUCCUCUUUUUCUCUUUGAUGAGUUCCUACAUGAAGUUUAGGGUGUGCAUAUUUAUGAGAAUUAUUGCAUAUGAAAUUGUACAGCGCUACCACGUAACAGUGAAUGGUUAUUUAUCUGUGUUCUGAAAU